GAUGCCCCGUCGGUGGGAGUAAAUUCGCUACAAGAAAUUAUCACGGGUGUUUGAGUAUUGUGACGCAUGUGAGUCUCUCACGAUUGUCAAAAUGUCGUUGGCGGGACUCAAGAAACAGUUUAACAAGGCCAAUCAGUAUGUCAGUGAAAAGAUUGGUGGAGCCAAAGGCACAGAACUCGAUGAAGAGUUUACAGAAAUGGAAAGGAAGAUCGACAUUAUGGGAAAGUUGGUGGAUGACCUUAUCAUCAAAACCCAGGAAUACCUCCAGCCAAACCCAGCAUCAAGAGCAAAAUUGUCCACAAUGAAUGCAUUAUCAAAAGUCCGAGGCCAGGGUAAGGUGGCGCCGUAUCCACAACCAGAAGGAAUCCUGGGAGAACACAUGAUCAAACAUGGCAGGGAUCUUGGAGAUGACAGUACCUUUGGAUCAUGCCUCCAGGAAGCUGGGGAGACGUACAAGCACCUUGCAGAAAUCAAGUACAACUUAGAGGACAAUGUCAAACAGAACUUCCUGGAACCUCUGGCACUGCUGCAGGCAAAGGACCUCAAGGAAGUCAAUCACCAUCGGAAGAAGUUAUCUGGGAGACGUUUGGACUUUGACUGUAAACGAAGAAAGAAAGAAAAAGGAAGUGACAGCAAGGGAGGCUCCCGGGACCAUGCUGGAGGUUCCAACAUAACAGAUGAAGAGCUGCGUUUUGCUGAAGACAAGUUUGAAGAGUCAAAAGCCAUUGCAGAAACCUCUAUGUACAAUGUGUUGGAAAAUGAGGUGGAACAGAUUGCCCAGAUGGAGACAUUUGUGGAAGCGCAGUUAGACUACCAUAAUCAGGCUAUGGAGUCGCUACAGUCUCUGCUGGAGAUCAUCAAAGACAAACGGAGUGAAGCCGCCAGCAAGCCUCGGGGAGAGCACAUACCAAAACGAGUGUCCUCCUUCAGGAGAAGCGAGUCACCUUCCUCCAUGUUUGACACAACCAAGAAUGAUAACUAUGAUGGCAACUCAGGGAGCUACAACUUCUCCUCAAAUUUCAACCAAACAGGUUAUGAAGGCUUCGAUGCCUUUGAUGAGUUCGAAGGCCCUUCACGUUCCCAGCCAUGUGCGGAGGCCAUGUACGACUUCAUCCCAGAGAAUGAAGGAGAGCUUGGCUUCAGUGAAGGACAGGUCAUCACUCUGCUGACACAGAUAGACGAGAACUGGUUCGAAGGAUCUGUUGAUGGACGAACAGGAUUUUUCCCAGUAAACUAUGUUGAAGUGCGAACACCACUGCCCUAAAUCUGCAUUCCAAAGUGGGUUGUCUCCCUUGACUCAGCUUGCCACCUCCACACAGAUCGACAACCUUGUGACCAAAGUUUUCUUGAUUGUCUGUCUAACUACAAACUAGUUGUGUGUGACAGUUAAUUGAUUGGAUGCUACAAAUAUAGAUGACAAGUUGUAAACUGUUGAUAUGCUUAUUUGAUGACAAUACCUACCAUCCAAGUCACUUUUACUGUAUAAUUCAGUCACUGAUUGUGUACAAGAGGAAUAUACAUAUCACAACAAUAGCUGAGGAUGAAAUCUCUCAGCAUUCCAGGUGGGUGAAGUAGAGGGAAGAGAGAUAACUCACUAAACACCUGAGUCAGUCUCAAGGACCCAGCUAGAAUCAUCCUUUCUAUUCAGAUUAGUAUUGAACUAGAGUGUACACAGAUUGGCCUCGUAGGCGUAUAUUGUCUCGUAUGUACCAACUAGUUAGGACAAUAUGAUGUUUGGGUAGAUGUAUAGCUUCACUUUACCAACAUAUUUGGUGCUAUACCCUCUGCUUUUAAUAUCAACUUAAUGUGGAUUGAGGUAAUCGCUAUCCGGCAGUGGUCAUUGUUAAAUAAGGUUUUGUUUCUAGAAACCUCAAAUUAUUUGUUGAUUUUAACAAUUGACAUGUUAUUGUAUUUUUUACAGUGAGAAUGAACAUCUUGUGAACAACAUUGAUUUCCUGUAAUAUUUAUGUUGAAUCAUAAUGAAAUGUAUUGAGUGUGAAAGACUUUGUUUGUUUUAUUCCCUGUAUCAACUUUGGUUCAGUGGUUAGACAUGAAGUGUCCUACACCAGUGUUUUCAUCGGUCACUGUCAGUCUCACACAUACAAAGCUUUCUUUCUGAGUUUGUUUACAUACAAACAUCAAUUCAUAAUUCAGUCAUACAACAUAAUCAUUUAAUGACUGCAUGUUAAAAUUACCUCAUCACAACUCUUUCUGGUAGUUCUCGAUCACAAAGCAAGAAACAGUUCACGUCAGUCUACAGAAGUUAUCUCCCUUUGGUCAAGCCCCUGACCCAUGAAUGUGCUGUGUAGGUGACAUUGUGCAUAUGUGUCAACAUUUCAAACUUACCAUGGACUAAUCUAACUACGUACACUACCAUUAUCUGUGGCAAUUUGGGGAGAAACAAUGUUUGCAAUUAUAGAAUGUAUUUAUAUUUUCUUAAUUUUUUCUGUUUUGAUAAAUUGAAUGAUUAUUGUAGGUAACUGGUUUACCUAGCUUUCCUGUACAUAUUCUGUUACCGUUCUUUGCUAUGUCAGCUGUUCCCGGAUGAGCCUGUCCCACAAACAAAUAUAAAUGAACUUUGGUGACACUUAUAUAAAAUUUCCUCAGUAUCUGUUAGAGAAACAUCUGAGUUAUUCCAGAUUAUAUACUUGUCAUUUGGGGAAAAAAACACAUAAAUAUUACAGGAAUCUUUUGAAAGUCAUAUGUGGCCUAUCUGUGAAUAAAAUGGUUUUAACACAAAACCACUUUGAUCUACAGCAAGGUAGCCAACAUCCUACCUGUCAUAGAUAAAUCAUUUGUGUUAUAAAGAGCAGGUAACUGAUUUCGUGUUGCCUUGGUAAUAAAUGAUCUUGUCGCCAAACCCAGUUCAUGUCACCACACUGUCCAACAUUGGGGCAUAUGCUCAGGGUUCACAUGGAAGCACUACACUAUGGAAGCAAGCAGGUCACACAGCCUCACACCAAAUAUUAGUGGAAAUGUUCUUUCUCUGUCACAACUCUUUACAAGAUAUUUCUUUCUUUGAAAUAGGAUCAAGUUAUUUCCAUUCUGAACCCUAUAAACAGUCCCAGCUCCAACAUUUGGGUGCUGAUCUUGGUAGAUACAGAAAUUCACACAUCAUCUCUGUUUAAUCUGAAACAGUAUUUCCUGGUAGAAUGAUACAUGUCAUCAAAUUUGAGUUGGUAAUCAAACAUGGAAAAUACAUGACCAAGCUUAUAAGCCUGUUUUGUGAAUCAGUAUGUUAUGAACAUGUGUUAUCAGCUGUGUAGUGACUAUUAUGUGUGGUUACUGCUCCUGUGUGAUUGGUUUAUCACAGGAAGCUAUGUAUGUGUGCACACAAUGUUAGGAUGCCUGUAGCUUAGUGUGUAGGAUGCUUAUAGUGGGGCAUGAGGGAACAACCAUUUCAUAUUUUUGGACAGUCCCAAUAUUUGUCAAAGGUGGAAUAUUUUCUUUGUCAGUGAUUCAGAACAUACAAUUGUUACUUUGUAUAAUGUUAUUAUACAUUGAGGAAGCCCAGCAAGUCCAGCAGAAUAUCUAUAUAUUAGUGUGGCAUUUUCUGGAACUUAUUGAAUCCUUGAAUAUGAAAUGGUCAAUCCCUUAAGCACCGUGUGGGAAGUGAGAGUGAGAGAAGGCUUCUUCAUACACAGAUUGGUUGAGUUUAGAAAUCUUGUUGAUGUUAUCAUUACAUAUGUUAUCAGUUGUUAUUUCCCUCAACUGUUUCUGACAAAUGGAGCUGUGGUAAAUCCCUCCCAAAUUAAUAGUAUUUGAGAUCAUUGCUUGUAUAUCAUGCCAGGUAUGUCUACUGGUAAACAACUACAAUUCAGUUUUUUCUUUCAUGAAACAGGGACAUCAUUCGUAGGUUGGUGUACAUCCCAGAAAUGUGUGACUAACUGACAGUGUAGCUCAACAAUGUUUGUGUAAAUAACAUCUGUGUAUAUAGCCUCCCUUAUUGACUUCACAAGGCUUGCAGCUUCAAUCACAUAAUGUCGGCAGUCAAUUAAUGGCAUAGAGGUUUCACCUCUAUAUCAGCUCAAACUACCUUGUAUUUGUUUCGUUAGUUUUCUCAGUCUUGGUCCAUAAACAAAUGCUUGUAAAUGAAAUUUAAAGAAAUGACAGCUGAAAUAGUGACUGGUAUGGUUAAUUGGAGAGAGAUAUGUCUGUGUUGUGAAUACUGGGAAGAUUGAGAAUCGGGGGUAGAUGAUAUUUCCAGCCAUUGGAUAGGUAUCUUAAGAGAUGGUAGAAGGCUGGUGUGCUCCUCUACAUUUCCACUUCCUGGUUAAUUUUUGUCCCAGAUGCUAUAUAUCACAUGUGUACUGUACCUGUGGUCUACUUGGAUAACACCUGUACUGUACCUGUGAUCUACAUGUAUAACACCUGUACUAUACCUGUGAUCUACAUGUAUAACACCUGUACUGUACCUGUGAUCUACAUGUAUAACACCUGUUCUGUACCUGUGAUCUACAUGUAUAACACCUGUACUAUACCUGUGAUCUACAUGUAUAACACCUGUACUAUACCUGUGAUGUACAUGUAUAACACCUGUAUUAUACCUGUGAUGUACAUGUAUAACACCUGUUCUGUACCUGUGAUCUACAUGUAUAACACCUGUACUGUACCUGUGAUCUACAUGUAUAACACCUGUACUGUACCAGUGAUAUACAAGCAUAACACCUGUUCUGUACCUAUGAUCUACAUGUAUAACACCUGUGCUGUACCUGUGAUCGACAUGUAUAACACCUGUUCUAUACCUGUGAUCUACAUGUAUAAUACCUGUACUGUACCUGUGAUCUACAAGUGUAACACCUGUACUGUACCAGUGAUAUACAGGCAUAACACCUGUUCUGUACCUGUGAUCUACAUGUAUAACACCUGUACUCUACCUGUGAUCAACAUGUAUAACACCUGUACUGUAUCUGUGAUCUACACGUAUAAUACCUGUACUGUACAUGUGUAACACCAGUACUGUACCUGUGACCUACAUGUGUAACACCUGUACUCUACCUGUGAUCUACAUGUAUAACACCUGUACUGUACCUGUGAUGUACAUGUGUAACACCUGUACUCUACCUGUGAUCUACAUGUAUAACACCUGUACUGUACCUGUGAUCUACAUGUAUAAUACCUGUACUGUACCUGUGAUGUACAUGUGUAACACCAGUACUGUACCUGUGACCUACAUGUGUAACACCUGUACUGUACCUGUGUUCUACAUGUGUAACACCUGUACUGUACCUGACCUACAUGUGUAAAACCUGUACUGUACCUGUGAUCUACAUGUGUAACACCUGUACUGUACCUGUGAUCUACAUGUAUAACACCUGUACUAUACCUGUGAUCUACAUGUGUAACACCUGUACUCUACCUGUGAUCUACAUGUAUAACACCUGUACUGUACCUGUGAUCUACACGUAUAAUACCUGUACUGUACCUGUGAUGUACAUGUGUAACACCAGUACUGUACCUGUGACCUACAUGUGUAACACCUGUACUGUACCUGUGUUCUACAUGUGUAACACCUGUACUGUACCUGUGACCUACAUGUGCAACACCUGUACUGUACCUGACCUACAUGUGUAAAACCUGUACUGUACCUGUGAUCUACAUGUGUAACACCUGUACUGUACUUGUAAUCUACAUGUACUAUACAGGGACUGCCUGUUAUCUACAUGUAUAACACCUGUACUGUACCUGGGAACUUCAUAUAUCACAACUGUUCUGUACCAGUAUUGUACAUAUACUACACACGUACUCUACUGUACCUGUGAUCUACAUGUACCACACCUGUAUCUGUGUUCUGUUUGAGCUGUGAUCUGAGGUUGUAACAUGUGGUUGCUGGCAGCCAUUAUGUCACCACUACCUGGCAACAUAGCAUUGUAUGAGGAUAUCACCCACACUAUACAGGCUUGUAGCAAUUCUCUCAUUAUGCAAUCACUUAUGUAUAGGUAUUCAUUGCCUUUUUUGUUAAUUGAUGUUUUUUGACAUAAAUAUUUAUGCUGAAUUGUUUUGGAAGAGCUCUCUCUCUAACAUGCAACAUAUGUUCAGAACCGUUUGGGACAAAUGUUGAUAACAUGGUAGAGUUAUGUAUUCCUUGACUAUCUGAGCAUGGGAUGUAGAGAUAGGUACGGUCUUUUCCAUAGCCAUGAGCCCUAACCUGCUCAUAAACAUUCAUAUUGGAGGGUUUUACAUGGAACUUUGAAUUUAUGACAUAGUCUCUUGAAACACCUGAAUAUCAAUUUCUCUGAUUAAAAAUGUUUAAAAAAUA